AAGAAAACACUGGGCAUUUUGAUCCGCCGAAUCUUUGGUAAGGCGCUGUCAGUUGGAACCGACGCGCGAGUGCUGUCAUCGCCUCUGCUGCCGUUUCAACGUCCCACGGACUGUCAGUUAGAUCCCAAAUCACCGUCGCCUCCCCCCUCGCCGAAACAAAAGCGAACCACCGACUGAGCCGCGCCGCCGCCGCCGCCGCAUCCAGCAUGCAGCCCUCCUCCUCCUCCCCGUCGUCGUCCUCCCACCCUCCCGACCACCCCAACUCCAAGCCCCCGCCCCCUCCGCCCCCCGCCAUGGGCUACCCCGCCAACCCCACCCCCACCCCCAACCCCAACCACGCCGCCUACUUCGCCGCGCCGCCGCCUCCCCCCGCCAACGGCAACGCCGCGGCCUUCGGCGUCGCGUACCCGUACCCCGCUCCCCCUCACAACCACCCGGCCCCGCCGCACCCCUACCACCACAACCCUUACCCCCCGCCGCCCCAUCACUACUACCCUCCCCACCCGCCGCCACCCACCUGCCUCCGCCGCCUCCUCGUGCUCGUCGUCGGCGCCUUCCUUCUCCUCGGCGCCGCCACCUUCAUCGUCUGGCUCCUCCUCCGCCCUCGCGUACCUGUCUUCUCCCUCACCUCCCUCACCCUCUCCCGCGUCGCCUACUCCCCCACCAACUCCACCCUCUCCGCCUCCUUCGACGCCGCGCUCCUCGCUGCCAACCCCAACUCCAAGCUCUCCGUCACGUACUUCUCCCCGCUCGCAUCCGUCUCCUUCGUCCCCUCCUCCCCGAUCGCCGUCGCGUCCCUGCCCCCCUUUUCACAGGUCCCCCGCAACACCACCACGCUCGCCUUCCGCCUCGUCGCUGAUGAUGCCUACGUGGGGCCUGAUGAUGCGUCCGCGCUCAAGAGCGGGACGGGGGGCACGGUGGAGGUUGAGGUCAGGCUGGUGGCCGUGGCAGUGUUCGAUCGUGGAGGCUGGCGCACGCGGCGAAGGGUGGUGAGGGUUACGUGCGAUGGCGUGCCGGUCGUUUUCCGCGGGAAAAACUCCACAGAGUCAGCAUUCAAUGGGCCGGCAAGGCGGUGUGAUGUCGUGUUGUGAAGGCGUGGCAUUGUGUUGGGUUAGUGUGAUUCUAAUGCGGAGGUUUCCGAUCGUACAAUGUGUCACCUUGAUUUGGGUUUCAAGGAGCAAGGAUUUGUUUUUUAUCCAUGCCCUUAUUCAUGCACGCCACUGGUUCAUAUGGGUGAAAGCAGAGAGGAAAUGGUAUUGUGGGAAUGUCAAUGGCAGUGUGAUGUUGGAGUCAAAUGUCAAUGUGGUGUGAGUAUGAUACUAUAAAUGGAGAAAAGAAUACUGAAGAGCCCAACAUAUGUUGGAGUUGGACUAA